GAGGCCUGGUGCCCACACCAGAGUUUAGAACAACUCCCCAAGAGGUGUGUUUGUUCCAGAGGUUCGGGGCAUCACAUGUAACCUCGGCGCUAGAACGCAUACUACAUCGUACACAGACAUCGUCGAAUAGACCUGUCGGAAACCGGUAGCACACGGAUAUCACAUAUUUCUACUUUCGACCAACGGCGCAAGAUGAACGCUGCAUUCAUAACAGUCUUAUUCAUCGCUUCGUUUGUCUUCAAGGUCUCCUCCACGCUUCCUCCCAACUGCGCUGAGGUGACGUGCAAUCGAGAUAGCUGUUCUCAGUUUGACUGCUCCUGCGGGACCUACAAGGACCUGUGCGGCUGCUGCGACCUUUGCCACAAGUGCCCGGAUGAGCAGUGCAACUCGUACUUCUUCGACCUGUGCUCCAGUGGCCACGAAUGUGUCCUGGACAACCCUUCGACUCGAUUCGAACACGGCGGUGUGGGACACUGCAAGCCUAGAAACGCUACCACGAAUAGUUCGCGAAGAUCAUGAAUGGCCGCGUUAGACGGGUCAUUUUUCUUGUGUUUACACCUCUUAUCCUGGCCCUUUAUAUUUCAUGAACAACACUAAUAAAGGAGUUAUGUAAGUG